AAACAUUCUAGACACUUAAAUGUCAUUUAUAAGGAAUUUAAAGCAGACUGCUCUUCCCCAGCACUCAUUUACUGCAGCUGUGUGCCAGGUCUGAAAGAAGAGACGCGCGUCCUCAACUCCUCAGUGGAACUGUAAUUUAUAUCAUUACACAAAUGUGCAGUUCAUCAUUUCGUCUCUCCAUGGCUGUUGUAAGCUAAUCCUGAGCUCGCGAAUCCAAUGAACAUAUUUGCCAUGAUGCAGUGGAACAAAAAUAGGGACGUGCCAUUAUUUAAGAGGAACAGGAGGGUCGUAUGGGUGUGACUGUUUUUCACUGCAAGCUCAGAGCAAAAGCACAACCCAAGCCAGCUGGGUGUCUCUACUCGUCUCGUGAUGCAUUGCCUAAGCAGAAAGGUCAGCUCUUAUCUGGUGAAUGCUCAUUGUGAUGUGGAAGAGGGCAAUGAGGAAAAGAGGGAACACUACCAUUGUACUUGGCUGGACCUGGUAAUGGAGACAAGACCAGAACAGAAGACAGCAUUGUUAGAGGAGGAUUCUUCACGUAAGGAGACCUACGAGCAGAAACAAGAGGCAAAUUUCCUGGUACAGAGACACCCCAACCAAACGAUCCGGCUGGGUAGACAGGGGCAGAAGAUGGCCGAGCACCAGCUGCGCUGUAAGAAUGUUCUCCCUGUGCCAAUCUUCACACCAGGCAAACCACCGUCACGCAAGGAGUCAAACCGAGCAUUCAGCCCCACAGAGCUCAGAUCUAUCAUGGAGUACAAACAAGCGCUGUCGAAUGGCAUGUGUCUGCAAAAGACUGAAAUCUCCAAAAUCACCGAACACAUGCCAAAAGUCACACAACCCGCCUGUAUAGCCCAUAGAGUAUCAAAUCUCAUCUCACCACCACGUGAAUCCUCUCAUAGUCCACAGAGAUGCCAGUGAAGACCCAGUAAUGUGACGUAAACUGGAAUACAUUCAUAACCAAUCACGGACCUGCAAUAAUAUAAUUAUACAACAGAAUGUAAUUGGAAUUUUCCAGAGGUGAAUGGAUGACAGAGUGGUUAAAUGAUAUAAACCGUGGUACAAUAGAUGUAGCCCAUUAUAGGCCUACCAGUUGGCGCUGAUAUCAGCCUACAGCAGUUUCAAGAUAUACAGUGAGCUCUAUAAUGUUUGGGACAAAGACGUAUAUAUUUCUUUCUUUUAUUUUAGGGUAUUAUACAUUUUGGUUUCACUGGGUAGAAACAUUUUUUAUAAAUAGUCCCCCCAUUUCAGGGCAUCAUAAUGUUUGGGACAAAUGGCUACAGAGGUGUUUCUGAUUAUUGUUCAAUUGCUUCUUCAGUGCAGGUUUAAGACAGCUUUCAGCAUCUAGUUCUGAUAUUAACCUUUUGACCUUCUUUGGAGUCUAUUAUUGGCGUUUGUCAACAUGAAGACCAGAGUUGCCAAUGAAAGUCAAGGAAUUGAUUAUGAGGCUGAGAAUAAAAAAACUUUAAAAAAGUCAGACAUAGCGCAACCCAUAGGCCUACCAAAACUGUUUGGAACAUCAUCAAGAAGAAAGGCAGCACUGGUGAGCUCAGAAAUCAUAAAGAUUCUGGUAAGCUAAGGAGGACAAGUCACUGUAGAGCUCCCAAAUCCCUCCUCAAAGCUAUUAAUAAAAAAUCAAGACGUCAAAGUUCACUUUUCAAGUGCACAAUAAAGAAAAAUGAGAAAACUAAUUUAUCUGUUCCACAACUACAGGACUUGUUUAGUGGAAUGUCAGACCUGCAGAAUAUUGGUAUAAAUAAUGUGCUUAAUAAUAAUUAAAACAAAUAUAUGUGUCUU